GAUCGCUUUCAAAAAGAUGUAUGCACAACUUUAAACAUUUAUAAUCGUAUUUUUAAAUAUUUGUGCGUAAAUUAACUUGGGCACGCAAAAUUAGGUUUUCAUACACGUGAGUCAAUACAAUUACAUUUGUGUUUUUAUGUAAGUGUGAUUCUAGAAGCUAUGACUGUAAACAUUCACGAGUACAACUCUGAUUUCUACGACUACGAAUUCUUCAUUAUGAACACAAAUUCAAGUUUGUGGGGACGAGUAAAGAACAGUUGAAAUGACGUCACUGCCGUCACAGGGCAGGUAAUCGAACCUUGAUUCCAUCUAAAGCGCAUGCGUCAAUGGUGAAAGAUGGCUAACAACAGACCUGAGGCUGCUAGCCCAGGCUCAGCAUCACAGGUCUUUUCCUGGAUUUUUCCGAAAGGAGGCAAGAGGCAAGAAGCGUUUUGCACCAUAUACACCAACACAACCUGGGAAGAGCUUUUUGGUGAACUUUUUUCUUCUUGAAAAACAACGUGAAAAAACACCAAAUGGAGAAGAGGAACUGCAGCUUAUACUGGCUGGCCUUGGAAAACGUUCAUUAACCCUUAAUGAAAACAUCACACAUUCAGAGUUUUCAGAUUUGCUUUUGAGCACAUAUCCAAGACUGGCAAAUAUCUGUGGAGGCUGGUUGCUGCACAAGUCCACAGGUGGGGGUGGGCAGCGGAGAUUGGCUGUUAUCCCUCCAGAUUUAAAUGGAUACAUCGGCCAGCAGCUGAAAGCAGUGAGCGGGAAUGGAAAAUAUACAAUGUACAUUGCUCCUUUACAAGAAGAACUGGAUACAAUUCCUUUACCACCAGAAGCAAAAGAAAUUUGAGAAGAUGCCCAAAGCUCAGUGUACAACCUGCAAAAAAAUGGUUCUGCUUCAGAUUCUUCCAGGACACAUAAAGGAAUGCAAGAAACAACUUGUAGAUUUUUGUGAUUCUGCCGAAGAAGAAAGCUGCAAGGAAGAACAUGAAGAUGAAUGCUCAGCUGCACUUUGCUACGAGAAAAGCAAGACCGCUGAGUGUCCUGUGUGCGGAAAUGCAUUUCAUCCUGAAAUCAUUGAGUUCCAUGCAGCCAGUUGCAGAUUACGAACUUCAGAUGAUGAUGGCCAUGAGUCAAGUGAUCCAAUCAGUACCUUUCAAAGUUCUGAGGACAUCUUGAAUUGGAUUGGUAAUCAGGUUGAUGAGACAAACACAUUUUCCAUCUGUGUGUCACGAACUGAUCUCUACAACAGAGGCAUGCAACAGUGGCAACGGCAGAAGAAGACCUCGCCCAAAUGUAGACUUAAGGUCACAUUCUUUGCCGAGGCAGGCAUUGAUACUGGUGCCCUUUCCAAAGAAUUCCUCACAGAAAUGCUGGUAGAAAUAGAAAAAAGACUCUUUGUUGAAGGUCCAGAUAAGAAAGGGAAGAAUCCCGUUUACUGCCUUAACAGUUUGGACUGUAACUUCUUCAGGACUGCAGGAGAAGUCAUGGCAGCUAGUCUGGCACAAGGCGGACCUUGCCCUAACUUCCUGCGUGAAUGGUGCUUCAGAUAUCUCUGCUCUGGUGACUCUGACAGCAUUCAAGUGUCUGCCAGUGAUGUCACAGAUUUGGAACUGUCACAGCUAUUUGUAAAGAUAAACAACGCCAGUGAUGACAACAUCAGUGACCUGAUUGGUGACAUUGUGACCUGCGGAUACACUGGAAUCGUGUCUGUGGAUAAAAGGGACAGCAUAAUAAGAGCUGUUAUACUUCACUCCACCAUGAGACUCAUCCCGAUGCUUGACCAGCUCAGAAAAGGCCUGUAGCUCUAUGAACUACCAACGAUCAUGAAGACCCAUCAAGACCUUUGCCAACCACUGUUUGUUACAGAGGAAGAUGAUAAGGUGGAUGCAGUCUUCAUUCUGGAAAACAGCCGCCCUGUCUUCAGUGAGAUUGGUUCUGCCAAACACCGCAUGGAAACAAACAUCAUGAAUUUUUUCCAGGACUACCUUCAGGAAAUUGAGGAUUCUGAACAAGAUGGCCCAAGCAACAACAACAACAUUGCUCCAGAAAGUUUGACUGUUGGAAGAAUCAUGCAUUGGCUCACUGGACAGGGACAGUGGACAGGGACAC